AAACCUUGACUUCUCCGUGUCUGCUAUCAGUAAUGGAUACUCAAGAAUGAUCUUACAAAACACAUCGCACAUAGAUCUAUCCUAUCCUGAGUCGAUUCGAGUCUACACGAAGCAGCAUGGCGUUCGGUCCAACAGUCCAACAGGUGCACUCGUUUGCGUCUCAAGCUUUCAUUCGGAAAUCAUUCAAAAAUCCUUUCCAGGUGGCUUCGGUCCUCUCCUUCUUCUUUAAUGUCGACUACCAUGAUCCCAGCCAUGUCCAAUCCAUGCAGUCAGGAUCCACCUUUCAAGAAAUGAUGCCCUUUUGGUAUGCCGGUGGAACCGAAUACGAUGUCCUUUGCCAAAAGUUCAAAGACGUCAUUCGAACCGCCAACCAGGGGCGCUUGUUGCAGCAAGACGACGACGAUUGGCACACCACUGUGGAUGGCAAAAUGGCACAAAUUGUACUCUGUGAUCAACUGGCACGCAAUGCCUUUCGAGGCACCGAAGAGGCAUUCGCUGGAGACGAAGGGGCCAUGGAAAUUGCACGAGAAAUGUCACAAGAAUUAAUUAGUUCGACAACCAGCAGCAGCCGUCCUGACAACAGUGGCAUUAUUCUACCAUCAUUGCAAGGCAUUGUGUACCCUCCCUACUUGCAGUUCAUCAUUUCACCGCUGAUGCAUUCCGAACUGCCCAAUGACCAUGACCUGGCUGUAGAGGUCGCGGAUUUUAGUGUGGAAGUGGCGCCAGAUCACAUGAAACAGUCCUUUCAGAGCACCAAAGACAUGGAACUGGAUCACAAGACAGUCAUUGAUCAAUUUGGAAGAUAUCCUCACCGCAACAAAAAACUUGGUAGAGAGAGCACUGCAGAAGAAUUAGAGUGGUUAUCCAGUGAUGAUAUUCCUGAUUGGGCCAAGAGUCAAGCAUGAGAUGGAUGCAAUUUAGUUCAAAAAACAUACAAUCUGCAUGAUAGAAAUCAAUGGGACAUUGCCGCCACAAGGAUGGAAACCUUGGAUCACCCUGGUGUGACUUGCGGUGAGAUUGCCUCACAGGUUGAUGGCUUCGAGGCUUGUGUUGCUUGCUUCUUGGCUUAGUUUCCUACAUGAACUUGUUUCCAGCUAGAUGUUUAGUUCCCUGCUCUAGAUCCUCACCAAAAAUUAAUAGUUUGAUCCCAGAGUUUGU